GACUCACUCGUACGAACAUGUAAAGCGGCGCGGCGGUUCCAGGCGAACACAGUUGAGGUUCGACUACGGCAGCGUGAACAUCGUGUGCCGGCGCUUGCUUGGCCCUUGUCAGCCUCGCAAAACACCAGUAGCUUCCGAGACAAGAGACGAGAUACAUUGUCUCCGGAACCGUUGAAGCCCCUAGGAAUCGUGCGAGCGUCGUGAACAUGACCUGCUGUACCCUGCGGUGUGUCAUCAAGUGCGGCAUCUUCCUGGCCGCCUUGGACAUCAUCCACGCCGUCACGAGUUUUGGUUUCUAUGGCUACCAGUACAUUAUCGAGAUGUGGUACUUGUGCCCAAUCGACCUCGCGGUGGAGAAAUGCCACAAUAAGAUCUAUAUCUUUGAGCAGAUGUUCGAAAUGCGGUGUUACAUCGGCGUCGGGGAGGGAAUCGCGGGCAUCUUCUGCUGCGCCAUCUAUAUCCUCGCGUUAGUCAAGCGCAAGCCCUCCCUCACCUGGCUGUGGCUCAUCAAGUCCUUCGCCGUCAUCGGCGUCAACAUCUACUACCUGAGCAACUGGGUCAUCAGACAGGGCCGCUACGACCACCUGGAGUGGGAGAAGCAGACGUACGAGGACGAGUUCAUCUGGGCAGCCGAAGGCCUCACCCUCGCGCAGAUUCUCAUCAUGCUGUUCUAUUGCCUCAUCGGCGGCCUCUUCACCUACAAGGUGGUGGAGGAGAAGCGCGCCAGCCGGAGGAGCCUCCGGUCCCGCCGCAAGUGGAACUCGCACGACGCGACGGCGCCCCCGAUGGGCUACGACGACGAGGAGGCGCAGUACCUGAACCAGGCCCUGACCAACAGCGAGAAGACCCUGCCCGUGCGAGCCUCCAAGCAGAGUCUGGCCGCCGCCUCCCAGCACAGCAUGACGGAGCUGGACCGCCCCGACUCCUACAAGCACUCGACGGGGGUCUAGAGGCGCCGGCCGGGCCUCGGGGCGCGGCGGAUCAGCGCUCUUUUACUAUUUUGGUACUUGUUCUCCCCUCAUCUCUCUCUCUCUUACCUUUUUUGCGUUGAGAGCUAGUUGAUUUUUCUGAUCCUUGAGGGAGGACUCUCCAGGUUUCCGUUCGUCGCCAGCUAGCUGAUAUUUGAAUCAAAUGUUUGAUCUAGUCGGUGGAAAUA